AUGAACUCUACAGUGCUUUUAUAUAGUCUACAAGAAAGAUAUUCAGAUGUCUUUGCACAAAACUUUACCGUUGUUUGUCUUGCUGUCAUAAUCAUCUCCAUUAACGGAAUGUUUGUAUUCAUAUUCUUUAGGAGAUCAAUUUUCCACAGUGAUCCACGAUAUAUACUGUAUAUUCACUUGGUUAUUAAUGAUAUGCUCAUGGUUUUCACUUCUGUAAUUCUUUUUGUGAUGGCUUUUAUAUGGAACAAUGUACCUGUCCCGUUCUGUGUUACACUGCUAAUAAUAGCCUCAACAGCUUAUAAGAACACUCCUCUGACUUUGGCUGGUAUGGCUGUUGAGCGUUACAUUGCCGUCUGCAAACCACUGCAUCACCAUCAGAUUUGCACAGUGCGCAGGACGUACAUCCUCAUCUCUCUCAUAUGGAGUGUUGGAGUUUUACCUGGAUUGGCCGAAUUGAUUCUUCUUUUAAUUAUUCGCCCUUUGGCUGUUUUUACAAGAACUCAGUGUGCUUCAGUUACUGUUUAUAGCACCCCAUACCAUGUUGAACUGACCACAUUUAUGAAUGGUAUUUACUCAUCUAUUGUGUGGCUAAUACUCGUAUAUACAUAUUGUCAAGUGCUGGUUAAGGCUAAAAGGGCUUCCACUAAUAAAUCCUCAGCAAAAAAGGCCCAAAACACCAUCCUGUUACACGGAGCACAGCUUCUGCUCUGUAUGCUGUCCUACAUUACUCCUGUGUUAGACAGACUUUAUUCACCACUGGUACCUGAGCAGCAGAGGAGAAUACGCAUUUUAAACUAUCUACUAACAAAUAUUUUACCCAGACUUCUUACGCCCCUGAUUUAUGGUGUUCGAGAUAAACAAUUUUAUAAUCACAUUAAGGCACUCUUUUUAUGUAAAUUAUCUGUUGUAAAUGUCAAUUCAAUAAAACAAUAA